GCCGCUCGGCUCAUCGCUGUGGAGGACGCAUCCAGCAUGGGGCACCUUGGACGCUUAGUUCUGCUGCUCGCACCGCACUUUUGGCUUCACAUUCGGGGUGCUGCGGCUCACUCUUUACCUGCCUGUAACCAGCAGCUGGAGUUUAGGUGCAAUGAUGGAUCGUGUGUAUCGAGGCUGAAUGCUUGCGACGGUCACAUACACUGUGCCGAUGGAUCAGAUGAACACCACUGUGGCCACAGAAGGUGUGGGAAAGAUGAGUUCACCUGCCGCAGCAGGCGCUGUUUAUCAACAAAUCUCUUAUGUAAUGCCGUUGACGAUUGUGGCGACGGGAGUGAUGAGGUUUCCUGUCACAACUGCACCGCUGGGACGUUCUCCUGCGGGCCGACCGAAGCCUGCCUGCUUGCAAACAAGAUCUGCGACGGGCAGAACGACUGCAAAGAUGGACGAGAUGAAGCCCGGGUCCUGUGUGGUUCAGUCCAAGCCUCUCCUCAGAGCUCCUCAGCUUGUGCAGCCUCAGAGUUUCAAUGUGGAGAUGGGGAGUGCAUCCGGCAUGCGUGGAGGUGUGACCAUUCCCCGGACUGCCCUGAUGGCAGCGAUGAGGAAAACUGUGAUAUCAGCGAUCAGGACGAGUGCCAGGACAAUAAUGGUGGCUGUUCCCACUACUGUUUGGACAAGCCUAUUGGUUUCCUUUGCCGUUGCCCUGACGAUAUGAAGUUGGUCGAAGACAGCCGAUGUGAAGAAGUCGAUGUGUGCUUGGAGAGCGACCUAUGUGAUCAGCUGUGCAUUCACAGAAAUGGCAGCCUCACCUGUGAAUGUCAAGAGGGCUACCACAUGGACCCACUGACCAGAGAGUGCAAGGCCAAGGGAAAUGAGGCUCAGUUGGUUUUCAGCUCUUCAAAAGGAAUCCAUGUCAAAAACCUUAUUAACACGAAAUAUAAGGUACUGGUCCCACAUUUACCAGGACCGGGUCCUGUAGCAGUCCUGGCUUCUAACCGCACAGUAUACUGGGCCCAACAGGGACGAGGCUCAAUAUACAGGACUUCAGCAGCUGAAAACCCAAAGGAAGCUGUGUUGGUGUUGAAAGUCCAAGGUCUGGUUUCUGGGCUUGCUGUGGACUGGAUCCACCAACUUCUCUACUGGACCAGUGUAGAGUCAGGUUCGAUUAAUGCUGCCCUGCUGGAUGGUUCAUUGCAACGUCAGCUUAUCACCGGGCUCGACAGACCCUCAGCUGUGGCUGUGGAUCCUCUCCAAGGCUUUCUAUUUUGGGCCCAGUGUGGCAACACCCCAAAGAUUGAGAGGGCCAACCAGGACGGACAUGACAGGAUGGCUUUGGUCACCGCCUUAAUACGCCAGCCUGUUGCCCUCUCUCUUGAUUUGCCUCGACGGCUGCUGUACUGGUUUGAUCAGGGAAUGAGGAGCAUUUCUAGAAUAAAUGUGGAAGGCCAGCACCGUAAAAUUGUGGUAGAGUCUAAUGGCUACCUGGACCGGAUGUUUGGACUCGCUGUGUUUGAGGGAUUCUUAUAUUGGGGCGAUGAAGCUACGCACUCUAUCUGUCGUGCAAACAAACACAAUGGCAGAAACCUCCAGGUGCUAAUGUCAAACAUCACCUUAUCAGGUGACAUGGUCAUUGUUCAUUCAGUGCUUCAACCGAAAGGAGCUUCUGCAUGUGGACGUCCAGAGACGGUGUGCCAGCACGAGUGCGUUGUCGAUCUGAUGUCUGAGAGGUCGCAAUUCAACUGCGACUCUCAGCAAACAACACCCAACAAACCUCAAAUUCCUUCUAUCUCUCGCUCUGUUCCUCCAUCAACUUUAUCUGAUUCAACAUUCGCUGGAAUCCUGUGUCUUAUCAUAUUUCUCAGUAUGCUGCUGGUGGGGAUGGCUUCGUGGUGGUGGAGAGAGGAGUUACGACCCUCCAGGUCUUUCACGUUGCAGAGUUUGUCUCUCAAAGAGUCCCAGAACCCGCUCAUUACUCAGGGGCCACCUGCGGACCCUAACACAACUUUAGUCAAGGAAACCCUCAUCCGGCUGGACUGUGUUGCAACACCAACUGUCAGCUGACCACAUCCUUCCUGCUGAUAUUUCAUGGCGGCAGUGAACUCAGAGCGCACACGCCCUGACGAUCAUGUCAAUAUGUUCCAGCCUUCUUCUGGGUGUGAAUAUCACUGAAGUAAUGACAUGAAUGUCUAAGCUCUGGGAGUUGUGGUGGCCCGCCAUCAUUACUUCAUUCCCUCAGUUUGAAGGGUAAUAACUUUUAGUCCUAAUGGAUCUCUCCUGUUGAUGACCUUUUUGAGUCACUCUGAAAGCCUUUGUGCACAAAUGAACAAGAAAAAUCUCAAAUCGUUAGCUAGGCCAGUUAGUUAUUACAUUAAUGGGUCCAGCAUGAGAGUCAUUGACAUGUAGUAGAAAUAUUACCGGUUUAAAACUCAUGAUUAACAUAAUAACUGAGUAGCUGAAUGUUAAAAUGGACCACAACAGUUUUCUAGUAUCUGAUUUUCUGUUAUGUUGUCUGAAGAUGCUGCGAUGCUGAUUGGCUUUGGUAGUUUUUUUUGUUUGUUUCAGAGAGUUAUAGAGCAAUAUAUGGAAUAUAUUACAUUGCACUUUGUCCCCUGAUGUAUUAACAGGUUUCUAAAUUUAAGUUAUGGAGUAUUUUGGGGGUAACUUGACAAAUUGCUUUGAAUAAAACGGUUGCAAUCAGUUCUGUGAAUGCACUGUGACCUACCUGCUGCCCAAUGAGUACUUGAAUCAUUUAAAAUGUGCGUUAUUUUAUGUUUUGAGGUACAAUAAAUGUGUGAAUUAAAUGUGAGAAAUCAAACCCUCUUGGGUGUUUAAUUGCAUCUAGUCUAAUUGGGUUAUUGGGUUGAGAUCUCGGAAAAACAGGGGAACAACCGGUUUAAUUUAAACUUUGAAGCUUAAAGACCUUUUUCUCUCCGGAAACAAGUAAUCGACCAGAAAAAUCCACAUUUUGUCUGAUAUGUUGACUGAAUGCUGAAUCUUUUCUGCAUUAAAGUACAGUUUUCAGUACAUGUUUGUAUAACUAUAUAAUACUAAAGAACAAACAAUUUUCAGUUGUUUAAAUACAACGUUAACUUUAAAUAAAACAUCCAUUUAGUCUAGAAUUGAAACAGGAAGUAGUAAAACAGCAGGAUAUCUUAUUUACCAACAGUGCCUUGGAAAGGUAUUUAUACCAUAUGAACCUUUUUACGUGUUUUUUUUUUUUUUUUUGUGAAAGGUUAAAGAUAGAUGGUUUUUACAUUAUAAAAUCUGAAAUGCAUGAGGUGCAUCUAUAUACAACCCCAUUUAGUUUGAUGUCCCUAAAUACAAACAGUAAAUAGAAUACACCUGUGUGUCAUUUAACCUCUGUAUAAAUACAGCUGAAAGUGCUUUUGGGUAUCUUGUGAGCUUCACGCAUCAAGUCUUGCCACAAUUGAAUUUAGAUUUGGGCUUUGACUAGACUAUUAUUUAAAAAAAAAACAAUGCUUUUGACUAAACCCUUCCAGUGUAGUUCCUGCUGUAUGGUUGGUGUCAUCCCACCAGAAGGGGAAUGUCCGUGCCAGUCUGAAGUCUUCAGGAGCCUCAAACAAGUUUUCUUCUAGGAAUGCCACCAAUUUAGCCCCAUCCAUUAUCCCAUCAACCCAAUGUACUAAUUAGAUGCUAAAAAAAUAUAUUUAGCGGUAUCGAGAGCAUGGGGGUGAAUAUGAAUGUAUGCAUGCAACACUUUUCAGAUGUUUAUUUGUAAAAUAAUAAAAAGAAAUGCUGAAAACAA